AGAAAAGUCAUGUGGCAGCACUCAGAACUACUCGGAUGGCUCGUAAUCGACAAUGGAGCGUAGCGGAGUCAGCCGAGGAUUGCCGAUUGAUGUGGCAGUCCAAGUUCUGGAUCGGGGAUAUACGUUACGUUCCGGGUUUUUCCGUGGAGCUAUGGUAAACAAAUAUGGCCGUGCCCACAGAAACACGUGCCAACGCUGAGACUCCUGUGUUUGAUGCUAAACUUAGACCGAAAGUCGGUGUUGGUGUAAUUGUCACAAGUCCAAACCAUCCAAAUUGUGUAAUUAUCGGUCAAAGGAAAGGUUAUAAGACUGGGGACCUGUAUGCACUGCCUGGAGGACAUUUAGAGUUUGGGGAGGAGUGGAAUGAAUGUGCCAUAAGAGAAGUCCAAGAAGAGACUGGCCUGAGACUGACAAGAGUGGACUUUGCCACAGUGGUCAAUGUGGUGUGGAGGGAACACAAUCUCCAUUAUGUUACCUUGUUUAUGCAGGGAGAGGUGGAGAGUGGGUGCGAGCCCAAAAAUUUGGAGCCAGAAAAAUGUGAAGGUUGGCAAUGGUGUGACUGGGACAAUUUCCCAUCCCCAGAGGAACUUUUCCUUCCUCUGAAACUUGUCAGACAGCAAGGGUAUAAUCCUUUUGUAAGUAAAGGCACUGGGUGAAUUGGAGACAAACUGUUUAAACUUGAUUCAGAAUAGUGCAGUGGAAAUGGUAACUAUGAAA